UUCACCUCCCACAUAUGACGGAUGGAGGCGCGGCCCAACCCCGGCCCUGGAAGGCCCUGAGGAGGCGGGACUUCCGGGUAUGCCGGGACCGCGCCCAGGGAAUGAUGGACAGGGGCAGCGUGAGGAGCGCCGCGCUCUCCCCUCGGCCCGGGAAGGACGGCAGUGGGCAGGGGGAUUCGCAGAGUCCAAGGACCGGCCGGCGGGCUCACCGGCUCCUGGAAACCUGGCCGAGAUGCGCAGCCCCACCCCGCCCGUUACGGAAGGUGAGCACCUGCGGAUCUGCCCCCAGGAUUACACCUGCUGCUCCAGCGAGAUGGAGGAGCAGCUCAGCCUGCAGAGCAACCGGGACUUCCGCGCCCUGGUGGAGGACGGGGCCAGCUUCCUGUCCAGCACCCUGGCCUCGCGCCACCGCCGCUUCGAGGAGUUUUUCCGGGAGCUGCUGGCGGCGGCCGAGCGGGGGCUGCAGGCCAUGUUCACGCAGACCUACGGCCGCCUGUACGCCCAGAACGCCCGGCUCUUCCAGGGGCUCUUCGGCGAGCUGCGGCGCCACCAGCAGGGCGCCCGGCUCAGUCUGGACGAGGCGUUGGGAGAGUUCUGGGCCCGCCUGCUGGAGCGGAUGCUGCCCCUGCUCAACCCGCAGUACCAGUUCCCCCCCGAGUACCUGGAGUGCGUGGCGCGCCAGGGGGAGGCGCUGCGGCCCUUCGGCGACGUGCCCCGCAAGCUGCGGCUGCAGGUGACGCGGGCGUUCGUGGCCGCUCGGGUCUUCGUGCAGGGACUGGCCACUGGGCGUGAUGUGGUUGCCAAGGCCUCCAAGCUGCCCCCCAGCGGGGAGUGCCUGCGGGCCGCCAUGCGCAUGUCCUCCUGCCCCCUGUGCGCCCCAGGGCAGUGUGCUGAGAGGGGGCAGUCCCUGGGGGUGGGUCCUCUCAGCCCCGCCCCAGAUGCUCUGAUCCAGGUGGCUGAGCGGCUGGAGGGGUCCUUCAACGUGGAGCUGGCGGCCGACUCUAUCGGGGUGAAGAUCUCGGAGGGGAUCAUGUACCUGCAGGAGAACGGGGUGCAGACCUCGGCCAAGGUGUUUCAGGGCUGCGGGACCCCCCGCCCGGCGCCCGCCCGAUCCCGCCGCGCCGCCCGGGAUGAGACCAAGCGUCGCUUCCGCACCUACCCGCCCGAGGAGAAACCCACCACGGCCGCGGGGACCAACCUGGACCGACUGGUGACGGACGUGAAGGAAAAGCUGCGGCUGAUGCGGGGGUUCUGGGUCACCCUGCCCCACACGCUCUGCAGCGACGGGAAGGUGGCGGCUGACGUGACGGACGAGGACAAGUGCUGGAACGGGCAGGCCCGGGGCAGGUACCUCCCGGACGUGACGGGGGACGGGCUGGUGAAUCAGAUCAAUAACCCGGAGGUGGAGGUGGACAUCGGGCGGCCCGACCUGCUCACCCGCCAGCACAUCCUCCAGCUGCGGGUGGCCACCAGCCGCCUGCAGGGGGCCUACGGGGGCCGGGACCUCGACUUCCAGGACACCUAUGAGGACGGCAGUGGCUCGGGAGGGGGCGAGCGGUACAGCGAGGACUGGCCGGCUGGAGGGGGUGGUGGCAGCAGCCAUUCGGGGUCCCGCCCCCCCGACUCCCGUUCGUCCCGCAAGGACCGGCCGGGCAAGGGCUCCAGGCAGAAUCACCGCGUGGGGGGAAGCAGCAGCCAUGCCGCUUCCUGGGGGGGCGCUGCCCUCCCCCUCCUGCUGCUCCCCGCCCUGGCGCUGCCCCUGCUGGAGUGGUAACUCCCAGGUGCCACGAAUGUAGGGGGAUCCCUCUCUUGGGAUGCAGCUGGGGGAGAUUGGCAUCUUCCAGGGGCUCCCCCACCAGCCUGGGGAUCGGGGGUGUGUGUUGGGGGGUGG